CCUCAGCCGGUGCUUGCACUGUUCAUCAUUUUGUAAUAUUAAGCUACAGCGCUCACGAGGUCAAAUUCACCAGGGACAAAGGUAAUCUAAAAUGUCUGGUGACACUAAAGGAACAAUGAACAACUUGGCCACUGAAAUUUCAGAAAAUGACAAAAAUGGAGAUAUCAGUAAAAGUAAAGAAGAACAAAAAGCCCCCAAGAUAGAGAUGGUCAGUCCAUUAACUCUGUUCCGUUUUGCUGACGGGACGGAUGUUUUGCUCAUGUUAAUGGGCACGCUCAUGGCGAUGACCAAUGGAUCUGUGCUCCCUGCCAUGUGUGUUAUCUUUGGAGAUAUGACUGACAGCUUUGUGUCCGAUUCCAUGGCAAAUGUUCCAAACAGUAACUUCACUCCAGCAACUAAUGAAACUUUGGGAGAGCAGUUGACAAGGUACGCAAUAUACUAUUCGGCUCUGGGGGCAGGAGUCCUCCUUGCUGCCUAUUUACAGAUUGCGUGCUGGACCAUCGCUGCAGGACGGCAAGUGAAAAGACUGAGGAAGAGGUUUUUCCAUGCGAUUGUGCGGCAGGAAAUUGGCUGGUUUGACAUGAAUGAGACUGGCCAGCUGAACACUCGCCUGACUGACGAUAUUUACAAGGUAAAUGAAGGAAUUGGCGAUAAAGUGGCCUUGCUAAUUCAGUCAGUCACCACCUUCAUAGCAGGGUUCAUAGUUGGCUUCAUAACAGGCUGGAAGUUGACUUUGGUAAUACUGGCAGUCAGUCCACUCCUGGGAAUCUCAGCUGCUCUGUUCUCCAAGGUCAUGACUUCAUUUACUUCCAAAGAGCAAACAGCCUACGCCAAAGCAGGAGCAGUGGCAGAGGAGGUGCUGUCAGCCAUCAGGACUGUAAUAGCCUUUGGUGGACAAAAGAAGGAGAUAAACAGGUAUCACAAAAAUUUAAUCGAUGCUAAGAAUGUUGGGAUCAAGAAAGCGAUCACUUCCAAUAUUGCAAUGGGCUUCACUUUCCUGAUGAUCUAUCUGUCAUACGCCCUGGCAUUCUGGUACGGAAGCACUCUGAUUCUAGCUGAUGAGUACACCAUUGGAAAAGUCCUUACGGUUUUCUUUUCUGUAAUCAUCGGUGCCUUUGCAUUAGGCCAGACGUCACCAAAUAUCCAAGCAUUUGCGAGUGCCCGUGGAGCAGCUCACAAGGUCUUCAGCAUCAUCGACCACGACCCAAAAAUCGAUAGCUUUUCAGGUGAAGGCUACAAACCAGAUACAAUCAAGGGGAAUAUUGAAUUCCACAACAUACAUUUCAGCUAUCCCUCACGUCCACGUGUUAAAGUAUUGAAAGGCAUGAACCUGCGAGUGGGCAGCGGGCAGACUAUAGCUCUUGUUGGCAGCAGUGGCUGUGGCAAGAGCACCACUGUGCAGCUCCUGCAGAGGUUCUACGACCCUGAAGAGGGAGUGGUAACGAUUGAUGGACAAGACAUCCGAUCCCUGAAUGUCCGAAGCCUCAGGGAAUUUAUCGGAGUUGUGAGUCAAGAGCCAGUUCUUUUUGCGACCACCAUCGCGGAAAACAUCCGAUACGGAAGAGAGGACGUGACCCAGGAGGAGAUCCAAACUGCUGCCAAGGAAGCUAAUGCUUACAAUUUCAUCAUGGACCUCCCAAAUAAAUUUGAAACCCUGGUUGGUGACAGAGGCACUCAGCUCAGUGGAGGACAGAAGCAGAGAAUUGCUAUUGCCCGCGCUCUGGUCCGCAAUCCGAAGAUUCUCCUUUUGGAUGAAGCCACAUCAGCCCUGGAUGCAGAGAGUGAGACAAUCGUACAGGCAGCUUUGGAUAAGGUGAGACUGGGACGGACAACGAUAAUAGUGGCCCAUCGGCUGUCAACAAUUCGCAAUGCAGAUAUCAUUGCCGGCUUUGAGAAUGGAGUGAUCGUAGAGCAGGGCUCACACAAGGAGCUGAUGGACAGAAAAGGGGUGUACCACUCACUUGUCACUAUGCAAUCAUUCAAGAGCAAUGAAGAGGGAGAAGAUGCAGCAGAGGAGGAGAUAGUUAAAGAGAAGAGUCCAUCGUUAGUGUCACUAACAGAAACAUCCCUGUUCAGAACAAAAUCAGCCAAGAUGACCUCCAAAGAAACUGGAGAGGAACAGGAGAGCAAAGAUUCUGAUGAUACAGUCCCAGAUGUGUCCUUUUUAAAAGUCCUCAGACUCAACUUGCCAGAGUGGCCCUACAUUGUUGUAGGUAUCCUCUGUGCUAUUGUCAAUGGAGGGCUUCAGCCAGCUUUUGCUGUUAUUUUUUCCAAAAUCAUUGCGGUGUUUGCUGAAGUUAACGAGGAGGUCAUCAGAGAGAGAUCCACGCUGUUCUGCUUGAUGUUUGUUGUAAUAGGAGUGGUAUCAUUUUUCACCUUGUUUUUUCAGGGAUACAGUUUUGGAAAAGCUGGAGAAAUUCUCACCAUGAGGCUGCGAUUAAUGGCUUUUAAAGCAAUGCUGCGACAGGACCUGGGCUGGUUUGAUGACUCGAAGAACAGCGUAGGAGCUCUGACCACUAGGCUUGCCACUGAUGCUGCUCAAGUGCAGGGUGCGACGGGAGUGCGGAUGGCCACCCUUGCCCAGAACGUUGCCAAUCUGGGCACUUCUGUCAUCAUUGCGUUUGUGUACGGCUGGCAGCUCACACUGCUGAUCCUGGCGAUUGUGCCGCUGAUGGUGAUAGCCGGAACUAUAGAAAUAAAGAUGCUGGCUGGGCAUGCUGCAAAGGACAAGAAGGAACUGGAGGCUGCUGGGAAGAUUGCCACAGAAGCUAUAGAAAACAUCCGAACAGUGGUUUCACUAACAAGAGAAAGGAAGUUUGAGGCUCUCUACCAGGAAAACCUGAUGGUGCCAUACAGGAAUGCUAAAAAGAAGGCUCACAUCUAUGGACUAACCUACGCAUUUUCUCAAGCUGUUAUUUACUUUGCGUAUGCUGGCUGCUUCCGGUUUGGAGCUUUCUUAAUAGAAAAUGAAAACAUGACUUUUGAAAACGUUUUCCUUGUCGUUUCGGCUGUUUUGUACGGGGCGCUGGCGUUGGGGGAGGCCAACUCAUUUGCCCCCAACUACGCCAAGGCCAAGACAUCAGCCGCUCAUCUCUUCCAGCUGCUGAACCUAGUUCCCGUCAUCGACAACGACUGUGAGGACGGAGAGAAGCUGGUCGGAUUCGAUGGGAGCGUGGCGUUCGAAGAGGUGCACUUCAACUACCCGUCCCGGCCCGCGGUGCAGGUCCUGCGGGGCCUCAGCCUGCAGGUGAAGAAGGGGCAGACCCUGGCGCUGGUGGGCAGCAGUGGCUGUGGCAAGAGCACCACCAUUCAGCUGCUGGAGCGCUUCUACGACCCUCUGCGGGGCAAAGUGAUACUGGACAAACAUGACGUGAAAGAUCUCAGCAUCCACUGGCUGAGGGCUCAGAUGGGCAUCGUCUCCCAGGAGCCCGUGCUGUUUGACUGCAGCAUUGCCGAAAACAUCGCCUACGGGGACAACAGCAGGGAGGUGAAAAUGGAGGAGAUUGUACAAGCAGCGAAAGCAGCCAACAUUCACAGCUUCAUUGAAGGCCUGCCUGAUAAAUACAACACCUCAGCUGGUGACAAAGGGGCACAGCUCUCCGGAGGACAGAAACAGCGUGUAGCAAUUGCCAGAGCUAUGGUCCGAAACCCUAAAAUCCUGCUUUUAGAUGAAGCUACAUCAGCAUUGGACACCGAGAGUGAGAAGAUUGUGCAGGAGGCUCUUGACAAAGCCAGGGAAGGAAGGACCUGCAUUGUCGUAGCUCACCGGCUCUCCACCAUCCAGAACGCAGACAGAAUCGCUGUGUUACAGAACGGCCAGGUGGUGGAGCAGGGGACACACCAGCAACUCCUGGCCAAGAAGGGUGUCUACUACUCACUGGUCACAGCGCAGAUAGGACACACCUAGGAAUGACCAACAUGCGAUAAUAGGAUAUUGGCUCCUGCCAUGGCAGUACAACCAUGCAUUUAAAGGGACUGAGAUGUUGAGACGAUGAAGAAGAAGAUAGUAGAAGAGGGACACAUGAGUUGAGUAUUUACUUGAACACCAGGCCAUGCUAGGGUUCAGCUGUUCUCAGCCCAGUCUGGGGGAAGAAAGAUUGAUGCUCGUCAGGCACAAGGUGAACCUCAGGGAAGGAAACCUGUGCACAUGGAUUUAGGUCCAUUCACAGAUACACUGUAAAGUGCAACUAUCUUAUCUUAUUCAUGAACUAUACUCAACAAAGUCUGUAGCGUCUCUGAACUUUCUGCCUCAGAGAGGAAGAGAAAAUGUCACCCACACUUCUCCGACCUCAUCUGCGGCCUUCCCGCUCAAUGUUUAAUCCUGUUCAGUACCUGGUUUCUGCCUGGGGCCCCGCAAGAUGUUAUCCAUUGAGACUAAUUAGACAACUACUGUAAAUACAUUAUUUCAUAUCUAGUCUUUCCAUAUGAACAAUACUUAUGGCCUAGGGUCCUAAUCACAACUCUGAAAUCAGAAUACAUUGGAAUAUUCAGUGUGCAAGUUUCAUUUCAUGGUUUUCGGUUCUUAUAUGUUCACAUAACCUUAAUGACAUGAUUAUUAAGUUAAGUGUUUUACACCAGUCAAGUUCGACCUCUCUUAGUUAACCCAACAUUUGCUGUUUAAAAAAUGCAGUAUAUAGUGUGGGAGAAUAGUAAUAUUAUUGCUGUGUUUUUUCUACAUAGUAAACCAUAAACUGGCCAAAGUUGCCUUAAAUCUAAAUGUGGAAGAUAUUAUAUAUAUAAUUAUAAUUCAAAUGCAAUUUGUAAUGCAACUGGAAAUAAUUAUACAAAUCUCAGCAUUUUUUACUUGAUUUUUGUACCAUUUGGUGCUAGACUGACGUACAGGACAUGUUUGCUUUUAUUCUAAGAAUGUUUAAGUAUUCCUCUUCUUCUAUGAUGUACUUUCAAUUCUAAAUAAACAAUUUAAAAUAAGUUGAAUUUAAAAUACAGUACCACCACACCAGUUAGACUAAUUAAAAUGGAAAUGCAGUUUGGUUCGCUGGAACAAUAGUGCCGACUCAAUACAAAUCUGAGUCAAAACAUGCCUGAUCUCAGAGUGAGAAGUUUUUUUUUUAGGCAAAAUGAAUAUAAAGCUUAUAAAUGAGAGGCUUCUCAGCCAUUUUUGUUUAUUGGGAUGUUUGAAGAUUAUCAAUCUACAGUAUUGAUCUCAGCUAGAUGUUUCUUGAAGGAUGAUGCAUUCGCCCCUUGUUUUUAUUGGUGCUUUAAUUUCGUAAGCCUCAAGCCUUGUCAUGCAUCACACCGCCUCACAGUAUUGGGUAUGGAAUGAUGGUACAGCAUAAUCUAGGUACAGUAUUUUUAAUACAUUUAGAAUCGCCAAUUACUUUUUGUUACACCCACCAAAUUUAGAAUCGCCAGUUUGUUUUUCACAUCUAAAAGUUGUGGUCGAAGCUACUGACAAUACAACCACACACGGGAGAAUGAGGAAGUGCAGGUGAAUUCCUCCAACCUGCCCUCGUCAUAGGCACCACUGCGGAGGAAGAUUGGCGCAGAACCAUGGAGACAUGUCCUCUAACAACAGCACCACUGGAGUGAAGCACAAAAGUCCGGAAGGUGGCAGACAAGGGAGAGCCCAGGCUGACUACUCCCAUAAAGCUCCUGGGGGUUCCCCAUCAGAGUCGGCUAGCGCCAUGACUCCGUCAAGGAUAUCAGAAGCCAAGAUUGUCCUUCAACGUGGAUCACACCUUCCCCCUUCUCUCAAUUAUGGACUAAUGUCUUUUUAAACCCUCUCAUUUAGGGAUCUGUUUUUCACAUCUCUUUCACAGAUCUUCAGACCCUUUCUCACCUGCUCUGUCCUGUGUCCUCCUGUGCUUCAUAUGCCUGCCACUUUCCUCUCUCUCCCUCACAUCUGAAGAAGGGCACAACAGUCAAAAUGUAAUGUUCCUUCUGUCUGCUUUUCGUGGAAUUAACCUUUACAUUCCACAGAUGCAAUAUACUACACAGUAUAGUUUGCAAAUAACGAAAUAUAGUUCGGACUUGCCCUCUUCUCUUUUUGUUUUCCUCUGUGAGCUGCCCUCUACUGGUAAUUUCUGCUCUUCUUUGCAUGUUCUGUAAAAUUAAUUUACUCCUGAAACCAUAAACAAUACAUUGAUCUUAAACAACUUAAAACCUCAGGAUAACUGAUCGGACUUAGUAUUUCUACAUUCACAGUUUGCAUUUCCUGAAAUGCUUGAUAACCUAACUUUUAAACAAACACUUAAUAAGACAAAGGCAAGUUAAUCAAUUGUUUUAUUAAUAAGUGCUAAAGAAACCCCAAAAUGAUCCCAUGAAUCCCAUUUCUGAUGCUGUUGGAAAGUACGAUGGUGGUGUAAUUGUUACAUACUGUAUAUGCCAGCUUAAUAGUUACACAUUUCAUCAUCCCAACUAUUAUUUUGACAGUCUUUAACGUGGAACAUAAUCUUAUCAUCACACAUUAACAUCACCGCACAGAUCCAGACUGGUUGUUAAUUAACAUGGACAUAGAUUCAAUGUACCUCAACAUAUUUUCAAGUGUACUGUUGAAAUCUGUUGCAUGCAUAAAGAGUUUCUUUGGAAUCCACGGGAAAAAAGCCCUUUUAUAUCAUUUUCAAAUAUGUGAAUAAAUACAACUCUUUAACAUCGAAA